GGGGGAUCUCUGGCGGGAAGCUGAACGCUGAGAACAAGGGGUGCAGGCGCUGAAGCAGCGGAUCUCCGCGUUUACUCUUUUCUCCUAGUCAGCCGGAGUCUCUGCCUUAGAUCCCGGCAACUCUCGGCCGCUGUCCACACAUCCCCGAGGGCCCUUCGCCUCACCUGCGCGUGCCGCGCCUGGCGCUCCUAGUCCCGCUGCCGCGAUGAGCGAGCUUAACACCAAAACAUCUCCAGGAAGCAACCAGGCGUCUGGCCCAGAAGAGAAAGGGAAAGCUGGCAGUGUCAAGAAGUCUGAGGAGGAGGAGGAAAUUGACAUUGAUCUGACAGCACCAGAAACAGAGAAGGCUGCCCUCGCCAUUCAGGGCAAGUUCCGACGAUUCCAGAAAAGGAAAAAGGAUCCCAGCUCCUGAAUGGCUAGCCUAGCCCUUCACCCUGCUACCUUCUUUCCCUUUCUCUGUAGCCCUGACUCCCAUGUAUCUUGUCCCUCUAUCCCUCUGGCCUCUCACUGAGGCAGGUUCAACCUUUAAAUAUUUUUUUCUCUGACCCUCUUGAGACAUCACAGCAGGAGAGAUACAGGGACACAGAGAAGACGAAGAUUUCAAUUGGCAGCCACUUGCCAAAGGGUGGAUCAGUUUCUCCUUGGGCUCAGGCUCUCUCAUUAAUGCCUAUGCUUGCCUUGUGGGGUUGGAAAACAAGAGGCUUUGAGGUAGAAUGGACCCCACCCCUCAAUGAUAUGGGAAGGAGGAAAAAAACUUCAGAGUAGGGUGUCCAAGGGUACGUGUAUGCACUGUUCUGCCAGUUGUAACAUUCAUACUUAAAGUAACAUUUCUUUCCCGUUCAGAUUAUUCUGCACCAACACCUCCAAUCUCCCUCCUAUGAUCAAAGCCACAAUGGGAACUUGAGCUUCCCUUUCUCUCCUGGUGGCCCUAAAUCAAACAGCUUACUACAUUAGUGCAUGCUGAGUAGAUUAGUUUCAAGGAAGGGAGACUGGGAGUGGUAGAGGCAUGGAAAAGUUUCCUUCAUCUUUCAGUCUAAGACCACAAAAGGCACAGGCAGAAGAGGUCCUAAGGAGCCAUAGGCAGGGGAAUGAGGAGGAGGGUGUAUUAGAGAGGAAAGAAAAGUGAAGAAGGGGAAGUCUCUGAAGCUACAAGUUAUUGUCAGUAAAAGUGUACUACCUGAAGAAAUUCUCUUUCUUCCCAGUCUCUAGAAAACACUGUUUCAUUCCCUGUUCUCUUGGGGCUUUGCUAACCUGCCUACCUCUAACCCCCUAACUCUAGACAUCCCCAGAAGCCACAAGAGGCAUGUGACCCUUGUAGUUCCCCCUUGCCCCACUGUGGAGUCAGGGCAGAAAUGAAAUAGCCACUCUAUGUGAUUUUAGCAUGUUUAAUAAUUGU